GACCGAGUUUUUGUUGUUCUUGGGACAGCGCUAGGUGGCGCUAACCGGAAAUUGAAAAUGUAAACAAACGCAUGUGCUACGAUCAGUACGUUUUUGACAGUUGAAGUUGUAAUAUUUCUAAUCAAAAUCGUGUAUUGGUUUUUGACAGAUAAACUUGCGAUAUUUCUGAAAUAAAUCGUGUAUGGUAUGGUUUAUAAGUAAAAAAUGAGUGUCCAAGUAAAGACACCAACUAAAACUAGAUUUGAUUGUCAGGCAGAAAUUCAGUGUGGUGAAAAAAGUUUUUCAUCACCUGAAAGUUUCAGGAAAUCCAAAGAUGACUUGAGUAUUAAAAACGACACUAAAUUUUCCCAACCAUGGGGUAGGAAAAGGAGGUAUAGCCAGAGUUUUCGUAGAGACGAAGGUAUUGCUCGUAGGAAAAGACUUAGGUCCACUCCGACAGGACCACUUCCAAACCGAUUUCUUAAUGGAGGAAGCAUAGAUGAUCCUUUAAAUUUGAAUGGCUUGAUUCAUCAGAACUGGGAAAGAGUUAAAUUCAGUCACACCACACAAUCAUCCCCAUUACCAACACCUAUUAGAAGGCAAUCUGUAGAAGUCAGAAUUCCAUUCAAUAUCACUGAUCCAUUAAACCUGAAUGAUAGCGAUGAAGAGGCCGAUUUGGAAAAGAAAUUGAAAAAAAAGAAGCAGCGAAAUCGCCAUAAAAAGAAAGAAGAUGCCUUAAUUUUCAGUCCUCCUAAACAUAUAAAUAAAGACAAGAAUCUCAUGGAAGCUUCUCCAAGACCAGUUUGUGACAAGAUUGUGUCCCCCGUUAUUCCUCCAAAUUCUCCAAAGUGCAAGAAAAGGCGGAGAACAGACAGUGGUGGAAAACCAGACCCAUCGCCAUCAUUACAAAGAUCUCUUCCCAUUUCAUCUACCAGUCCAACAAUUAAAUCAGAAAAAAAGACAAUUCCAAAACGCUUUAAGCAACCAAAACCAUCACAGACAAAAACCAGUAUGUCAGUGCAAAAAAGUGAGAAAAUUCCUGCUAAGUUCAUAUAUGGCAAUUACAACAGAUAUUACGGUUAUCGCACCCCAUCUAUGAUAGAUAAACGUUUAGAGUGUAUGAAAAAGGAAUGGUUUGAAGGUAAAAGUGUUCUUGAUAUAGGUUGCAAUGUUGGGAAUUUAACAUUAUCAUUAGCAAAGGAUUAUCAUCCGUCAAAAAUUGUUGGAAUAGAUAUUGAUCCCAAGUUGAUAACUGUUGCCAGAAAAAACAUCAGACUUUUCCUGUCAUCAAAUGUAACCGAUACAUCAAAGUUUCCGAUCUCCAAUGUUCUAAACUAUGGUCCAAUUACUGCACCACCUGUGUCUAAAAUGGAAUCCAGUAAGCACAGAAAUUUCCCUCACAAUGUGUUAUUUAUGCAGGGAAACUUUGUUCUUGAGUCCGAUGAGCUGCUGGAACUUCAGAAAGAAGAUUAUGAUGUCAUCUUGGCAAUGAGCGUGACAAAAUGGAUCCAUUUUAAUUGGGGCGAUGAUGGUCUUAAACGUUUCUUCAAGAGAGUGUUCAAGCAGCUAAAACCAGGCGGAAGAUUUAUACUCGAGCCACAACCAUGGUCGUCAUACAAGAAAAAGAAGAAGCUAACAGAUGAGAUUUUUGAGAAUUUCCAGAACAUCCACCUGCGUCCAGACCAGUUUACAGACUACUUACUGUCGAAAGAGAUUGGGUUUUCUACUUGUAACACUGUCGACGUACCAUUUAAUGCUUCAAAAGGCUUCCGUCGUCCUAUCAUUGUAUUCACCAAGUCGGACACCGUUCAAAACAGUCCCUGGUCGGAAGUAGGAAAUGCCACACCAUUGAGAAGUAACCAUCCAGCAGUAUUCGGGAGUCAUUUAAGCCAGAUCUCAGAGGACAGUUGCUGUUCGUGUUCGUCCGUCUCGCAUCAGUCUGUAGCAAGUGAUGUAAAUGACGUUGCUGCUGCGUCCCAGCAAUCUGCAGCCAGUGAUAACAUUGAAAAGGGCGUGUCGUUUCAGGAAUCUUUAGUGCCGGAAAAUGUUAUUCAACCUUUGUUGACAGAAGAAUCGUCAGAUUUCACUGGCGACGGUUCUGUCAAACCGUUUUCUGCACAACAUUUGUUUGAUGGAAAUUGCUCAAGGUCAACAGAUGUAGUGAUUCCCUCAGAUGGAAACGCAGGUUUGAAAUCUGGGUCAGAAGAUGAACCUUGUAAGGAGGUAGUGUUAAAAGUCGGCAAAGAAAGUACCAACACUUCAUUGGAUCAGGAUAUGUCGGAAAGUCAAAUGAGGCUGAAGGGCCCCGAAGACAUUG